AUGUUCUCGAUUCAGGAUGACUGGCACACACCAAGUAUAGUUCUGCGGGACCCAGGGAUAAGACCUGAGAAUGUACCACAUCACCCCUCGGUGGGGGAUGCCUCGACUGAAGAUUCGCUUAGAGAUAAAAUGAAUGCUGUCUUGAGUAUGAGUGAGAGUCUAUUCAGAAGACUUGUGGACUACUUAACAGGCACCGCUAGAAGCCACCGUGGCGGAUUCGACAUACCUUGCGACAUACAAUACAAGAUCAUCAUCCAACCUGAUAAUAUACAAAUUCACGAUUGUCUCCUUGAAGACUGGUUAUUGCUUUCCAGAUUCUUCACCUCAAUCGACAAGAAAAACUUUGUCCACUUAUAUACUGGUGCUACAAUCCAACAAGAAGUCAUUCCGCACUGGAUCAAUGCAUACAUCCAUUGCAAGAAAGCGAAUAAGGUGGAUUAUCAAUGGGUGUGGGCGACGACACUCAGCCGCCAUGAUACCAAAUUGAAACCUGGCAUAAGGGAUAUUUCAGAAAUCGAAAAGGAAAGGCUAAUGCAGGAAGAAUUGAAGCCUCUUUUGCGUACAGUCGAGGUCUUCAGGGAUGCUCCACGUCAAGACAGCUUGGAGGCAUUUGGAGCUCCGCUGCCAAAUGAUCUGGAAGCAUAUGCGAGACACCAUAUGGCUAUACUUGCUUCAAUGAUUCAAUCCGCUGAGGAUCUCCCUCCUCCUGGAGUGGAUAGUACAUUGAGAUCUUGA